GAGUUUCUUUUGUUGGGAUUCUCUGACUACCCAGAUCUCCAACCUCUUUUCUUUAUCAUAUUUUUACUGAUUUACACAUUAGCCUUUGUUGGAAAUACCCUAAUAACUGUUAUUAUAAGUAUGGAUUCUCGUCUUCACACACCAAUGUAUUUCUUUCUUUCUAAUCUUUCCAUAUUGGAUAUUUGUUGCACAACAGCUGCUAUCCCCAAGAUUCUCCAGAUACUUGUGACAGAGAAAAAGCCCAUCUCGGUUUCUGGUUGCAUUUCCCAGUUUUAUUUUUAUUAUUUUUAUUAUUAUUAUUACUAUAUUAUCAUCACUGAACUGAUUCUUCUGACCGUUAUGGCAUAUGACAGAUAUGUGGCAAUAUGUUUACCUUUACGAUACAAAACAAUAAUGAGCAGGACAACAUGUGUAUGUUUGGCAGGAGCUGCUUGGAUCCUUGGCUCUGUGAACUCAAUGACUCAUACAUGCCUUAUACUGAAACUCAGAUUUAGGGAGCAAAAUAUCAUUGACCAUUUUUUCUGUGAAAUUCCUCCAGUUUUAAAGCUGGCAAAUUCUGACACAUAUGUUAAUGACAUAGUCAUUGUAGCAUCUGAUGUUCUGCUGGGAAUGAUAUGUUUUAUUCUGACUGUUAUUUCCUAUACAUACAUAAUUUCUACCAUUAUGAAAAUUCCUUCUGCCGAGAAAAAAAAGAAGGCCUUCUCAACCUGUGCCUCCCACGUUACUGUAGUAACUAUCUUUUAUGGAGGAGUCAUCUACACCUAUGUACGACCUGCCUUCAGCAACCACUUAGAAGCUGACAAAGUUGUAUCAGCUCUGUAUGCCAUUGCAUCUCCAGUGUUAAAUCCCAUUAUAUAUAGGCCUCAGGAAUAA